AUGGCUGCAACGAACGAAGUGCUUGAGCUCCAGGACCCUGGGCUGGGAGAAGCCCCCGGUGGUGCUCCGUUGCAAUGCUAUACCAAGAUCAGUAGCGAGAAGGGCUUGUCAUCAGUGACGACCCUUAUCGUGGGAUCUCAGGCAGCGGUCGUGGUCGAUCCGCCCUUCCUCGUCCCUGACGCCAAUGCCGUUGUCGAGUUCAUCAAGGACAAGACAAAGUUGCCGGUUGUUGCGGUCUUCUGCUCUCACCAUCAUCCCGAUCACUACUUCUCGGCCAAUCCAAUACUGGAGCAGUGGCCGCAAAGCAAAUUCUACGCACAUGAGUAUGUGCGAGCAGGAAUCGACCGGGAAUACGACGAGAAGGUCGAAUACUGGCCGAAGGUAUUCGGUAAAGAGAACGUGCCAGCCAAUCCAAGAAAGCCGGAGGUAUAUCCCUAUAGCUUUUUUAUGCUGCCAGGUGACCCAGGCAGCCCUGUUGUGUUACUGGGACCGGUACAGGGAGACUCGGUGGAUCAUACAUUGUUUUGGCUCCCACAGGAGCGGGUCAUCAUUACCGGGGACGCUGUGUACGCUCGCUCAACCCACGCCUGGGUCGAGGAAAUCGAAACACCAGAUAUCUUGCACGCGUGGAACUUGACGCUUCUGCUGAUCGAGUCACUGAACCCGGAGCGAAUCAUCGCUGGACAUAUCGAAGACGGGUGGGACUUCGACGCCCGGACAGACAUGGAACACAUGCACAAGUAUCUCGAUCUGUUUGAGCAGAAGAUUACCAAUGCACCAAAGAAGCCUGGUGUUGACGAACUAUUCCAGACAUUCAAGAAGGCGUUCCCGGAAUGUGAGAAGAAUUUGGACUUCUUCCUGGGCCACCUGUCAAAUCAAUUCGGUGAAGGUGGCACACCGUGGGCUGAGAAUCGACAUCACAAUGUUGGAAGUCGGACACGAGAUACGCUCGAGGGCUUCCUGUUGGGCCAGGGCGCGUCCAAAUAA